AUGAUGGCUGAAUCAAUUUCUUCCUUAACUCAAACAUGGCUGCAGUGGGACCAAGACCCUACUACUAGGGCGGAAAUAGAGCAGUUGAGGGACUUUAAUGCCACGGAUGAGCUGGAAAGCCGACUGCGUAACCGCAUCGAGUUCGGAACAGCCGGUCUUCGAGGCCGCAUGGCAGCAGGUUUCUCUUGCAUGAACUCUUUGACUGUCAUACAGGCAUCCCAGGGGCUUGCCAAGUUUAUUCGAGACAAGCGUUCUGAGAUUGCCUCGAGCGGUGUUGUCAUUGGACACGAUGCGCGCCAUAAUUCCGCGAGAUUCGCCGCACUUGCUGCCAAUGCCUUCAUUGCGCAACGUAUUCCUGUCUGGUUCUUUGAAGAGGAAGGACCAACACCAAUGGUGCCAUUUGGUGUGAACCACUUCCAAGCCGCGGCAGGUAUUAUGGUGACAGCAAGCCAUAAUCCACCUCAGGAUAACGGUUACAAAGUUUACUCGAGCAACGGCGCUCAGAUAAACCGACCUGAGGACGGGGAGAUCGCACAAUCCAUUAAAGAGAACCUUGAACCUUGGCCUGCCGCAUGGGCAGAACUCAAACCGAGCGAAUACUUGUGCGCUGAUUCAUACCGGAAGCUUCUCCCUCAUUAUAGCAAGCAAGUCGAAGAAUUCAUGAAAACUACCGUGUCAGACUGGCAGCCCCCGAGAUCAUUUGUUUACACCCCACUACACGGCGUGGGAGGCUUGGUGCUCCCGACUCUCUGUCACUCACUCGGAAUCAAUAACUUUGUAUCUGUCACCGCUCAGGAGAAGCCGGAUCCUGAUUUCCCAACCGUGAAGUUUCCAAACCCAGAGGAAAGCGGAGCAUUGGAUCUUGCUAUUCAGACCGCCGAUCAACAAGGAAGUACUCUGAUUAUUGCAAAUGAUCCUGAUGCCGACCGCUUUGCAGUAGCAGAGAAAGUGGAUGGCACUUGGUAUACCUUGACUGGAAACCAUGUGGGCGUUCUUUUGGCGUCCCAUAUUUUGGAUUCCUUUGACACAAGCAAAGACUGGUCUCAUAUCGCGGUGCUGACUACAACUGUAUCGAGCGGCAUGCUUGCAAAGAUGGCAGCUGCAAAGGGAAUAAAUUUCUCUGAGACCCUAACGGGAUUCAAGUGGAUGGCUAAUGUUGCUCGGGAUUUGGAGAAAGCAGGAAAGACCGUCGUCUUCUCUUACGAGGAGGCACUAGGCUACAUGUUUCCAUCUGUGUGUUAUGACAAAGAUGGAAUUACAGCAGCUACAGUGUUUCUCGCGGCGGAGGCAAAGUGGAGAGCCCAGGGGCUAACUGCAUAUGCUAAACUCCAAAACCUCUUUGCUGAAUUUGGACACCACGAGACACUGAACAAUUACUUCCGAUCUCCUGAUCCUAAACUUACCUCGAAAUUGUUCCAGGGCAUCAGAGGCAGCUCGUGCCUCACAAAAAUGAAGUUUGGCCCAUUCAAGAUUUUGAGAUGGAGGGAUUUAACAGAGGGUUACGACUCCAGCACAUCUGAUAAUAAGCCGGACUUGCCUGAAGAUCCGACGAGCCAGAUGCUUACGCUGUGGCUUGACGGCGGAGUUCGGUUUACAUUCCGAGGUUCGGGGACAGAGCCCAAGGUCAAGUUCUAUAUCGAGAGUUGUGGAAAUUCUCGCGACGAUGCCGUCAAGGCUGUUUGUGAUACGUUCCUGACUAUUCGGGAAGAAUGGGUCCAGAGAUUCACGCCUUCGAUGACAUAUAGCAAACAGCUCCCUACAUCGUCUGGUCAUGUUCUGAAUGUGGAAUGA